UCUUCUGACAUAUACACACACACACACACGGCACUUUUUUUUCCCCCACCACCUGAUUAACCACCCUGCAUACACACAGUGAUUACUACGGAAAAACAUAAAUAAAUACGAAGAGGUUUUAUUAUUUUGACUACUGGAAGCCUCGCUGUGUCUCAGUGCAACUUUUGUUUUUCUUGCUGCGGGGGAAGGUGCAGCUCUCGAUGCUUUCCUCUCACUUACGGACCCUUUAAAAAAAGGGGGAGGAAAAAUAUCGCCCCCUCCAGUCCCCCGCCCCCCCCUCCCCCCCCCCCGGCACACACACUUCAAGACGGCUGAUCUAAAAAAGCAGGAAGAGAGCAUCUGAGGAGCAGCAGCCCCGGCGCAUUUUGAAAAACAUUUGUUACAUUUCAGAGUGCGGCAGCCUGUUUCUCCUCUGAAGUUGGCUCCAGCCUUAGCAGCCGCAUUGGAUCCCACAGCCUAUUGCGAGACUCCGGUAUACAACCCGGAUCUCUGCCCCAACAUGAUCGCGGCCCAGGCCAAGCUGGUGUAUCACUUGAAUAAAUACUACAACGAGAAAUGCCAAGCCAGGAAAGCUGCCAUCGCCAAAACGAUCCGAGAAGUCUGCAAAGUGGUGUCAGACGUGCUGAAGGAGGUGGAGGUGCAGGAGCCUCGCUUCAUCAGUUCCUUGAACGAGAUGGACAAUCGCUACGAGGGGUUGGAAGUUAUCUCCCCCACGGAGUUUGAAGUCGUGCUGUACCUGAACCAAAUGGGGGUGUUCAACUUCGUGGACGACGGCUCCUUGCCGGGCUGCGCUGUGUUAAAGUUAAGCGACGGGCGCAAGAGGAGUAUGUCCCUCUGGGUGGAGUUCAUCACGGCGUCUGGCUACCUCUCCGCUCGCAAAAUCCGGUCCAGAUUUCAGACUCUGGUGGCUCAAGCCGUGGAUAAGUGCAGUUACAGAGACGUGGUAAAGAUGGUGGCGGACACCAGCGAAGUAAAGCUGAGGAUCAGGGACCGGUACGUGGUGCAGAUCACUCCGGCGUUCAAGUGCACGGGGAUCUGGCCGCGGAGCGCUGCCCACUGGCCGCUCCCCCACAUCCCCUGGCCAGGACCCAACAGGGUGGCCGAGGUCAAGGCGGAAGGCUUCAACCUCUUGUCCAAGGAGUGCCACUCUCUGGCCGGCAAGCAGAGCUCGGCGGAGAGCGAUGCCUGGGUGCUGCAGUUCGCGGAAGCCGAGAACAGACUGCAGAUGGGCGGCUGCAGGAAGAAAUGCCUCUCUAUCCUCAAAACCUUACGGGACCGUCACCUGGAGCUGCCGGGCCAGCCCCUGAAUAAUUAUCACAUGAAGACUCUGGUCUCCUACGAGUGCGAAAAGCAUCCCCGCGAAUCGGACUGGGACGAGUCGUGCCUGGGGGACCGGCUCAACGGGAUUUUACUGCAGCUCAUCUCCUGCCUCCAGUGCAGGAGGUGCCCGCAUUACUUCUUGCCCAACUUAGACCUCUUUCAGGGCAAACCUCACUCGGCCCUGGAAAACGCGGCCAAACAAACGUGGCGACUGGCUAGGGAAAUACUUACCAACCCGAAAAGUUUGGAGAAACUUUAGAGGGUAACUAUAAAACCGGCCCGAGCGACAAAUCUGCUUAUUUCCCGAUGAAGUUUAAGCUGCCUGUUCGAAAAGUCAAAUGUUUCUACUUGACAAUGCAAAUACUGUUCUCUUUUAAAAAGGAAUAUAGCUUAGGCUCUUCAGAAAGAAAAGCAAAUGACAAAGCCAAGUAUCGUUCCUCUCUUAUCUUCGUCACAAUUUUGCAGUUCCCCGUGAAAGAAAAAAAAAAAAAAAAAGGGAAAACAAUAAUAAUAAAAAGUAUGUUCCCUAGAAAAUUGGCCGUAAUUUAACAUGAUUGUGACCAUUCUGCCUAGAAACGGUACCAACGGAUUAUAACAAAUCCCAGUAUUUUUAUGUAAACCCUCUGUGAGUAAAAGCUAUUUGGAUAUGCCAUCUGAACAAACCCUAAUGUACCUUUGAUUUGUAUCAAAUAUUGUGAUCUUACACUGUCUUUGAAAUUGUGGAUGUUGGUGUUUUGUGAUUUGGUGAACGGAAGUUAAAUUGCCAUUUUGGAUACUUCAAGGACAUUUUCUGCUAAAGAGAAGAUACCAUUAAAAAAGGUAGAUUUUAUCACGGUACUUUUGUUAAUUGUCUUUGGAAGUGUCUGAACUUAACAAGUUUACAUAUUUCGUUUCAUAUAUAUUGCUUGGUCUAUUCUAACAUUCCAUAAAUAUACUUGAAAUGUUAUUUAAAUAUAUUCAAAAGAAAUUUGGAUUCUGCUUAUAUAAUAACGCUUGAAUAUUGGAAUUAUAUAUUUGAAAAUGCACUUGAAAUACACUGGAUAAUUACCUUUUGUGAUUUAGAUUUAAAUUUCUGUUGCUGAUUUAUUUAAUUACAAGCUAAUAAAUGAAGUAAAAUGCA